GCCCGCGCGCGCACACUGGGAGAAGGGCACUCGGCGUCCGGACGCGCGCUGACAGCUCCCGGGUUGCUAAAGGGAGGCCGCCCACCUGGCCCUCGCGUGGCGGGGAGCGGAGCGCGUCGAGCCCGCGGUCUGGCAUUGAUUGGCCCUGCCUGGCUCAGCCCCCGUCCCUGCAGCGGACUGCGGAGCCUGUCAGACCUGAGCAGUCGGCCGGCUGCUCUCAGGGAGGGAGACAGGUGAGCCACCCGAGGUGGGGGAACGCGAGGCGGGAUGCUUCGGCGAUCUCGCCUCCCAGACUCCCUCCUCUUCAGCCCGAAUCCACUCGAGCAGCCAGGACUGGGAAAAGGGUGUAGGACGAGAAGUAGCAGCGAAAGGGGGACAGGAGGGAAGCAGGGUCGGGAGAAGGGCGAUCCCUUGGGGGAGGGCAGGUGCAGACCGUGUGUGUGGGCACGGUGCUCCAUCUGGGUGCGUGCCCGUCAGUUCCCUGGAGUCAACGCGCAGUUCUGCGCCCGGACGGUGUCCAGGUACCCGCUGGGUGGGUCUGCGCCUUCACCUCCCUGGGUCAGCCUACCUUUGUGUUUCGUGCAUGGUUCUUCUUGUUUCUGGAGAGUCAGUUCCUGGAGGAAUUGCUAGGCCUGCCCGCGCUCCUCGGGCUGACAGCCAGGCCCGCCCCCUUCUCUCAGCAGCCUGGGGCUGAGAAGGGGGCCCAGGCCCCAGCCACCAUGGCGCUGCCUCCGGGCUCAGCUGCCCUCCCGCACGCACUGCUGCUCCUGCCAGCCCUCCUGAGCCCAGGUUGGGGGGAGUUGGCUCCACAAAUCGAUGGUCACACCUGGGCUGAGCGAGCACUCCGUGAGAAUGAGCGCCACGCCUUCACCUGCCGAGUGGCAGGGGGGCCUGGCACCCCCAGGUUGGCCUGGUACCUGGAUGGACAGCUGCAGGAGGCCAGCACCUCGAGACUGCUGAGUGUGGGCGGGGAGGCUUUCUCUGGAGGUACCAGCACGUUUACUGUCACUGCCCAGCGGGCCCAGCAUGAGCUCAACUGCUCCCUCCAGGACCCCGGUAGUGGCCGGUCAGCCAACGCCUCGGUCAUCCUCAAUGUGCAAUUUAAGCCAGAGAUUGCCCAGGUCGGGGCCAAGUACCAGGAAGCUCAGGGCCCAGGCCUCCUGGUUGUCCUGUUUGCCCUGGUGCGUGCCAACCCACCUGCCAACGUCACCUGGAUCGACCAGGAUGGGCCAGUGACUGUCAACACCUCCGACUUCCUGGUGCUGGAUGCCCAGAACUACCCCUGGCUCACCAACCACACCGUGCAGCUGCAGCUCCGCAGCCUGGCACACAACCUCUCGGUGGUGGCCACCAAUGACGUGGGUGUCACCAGUGCCUCACUUCCGGUCCCAGGGCUCCUGGCCACCCGGGUGGAAGUGCCACUGCUGGGCAUCGUUGUGGCUGGAGGGCUUGCCCUGGGCACCUUGGUGGGGUUCAGUACCCUGGUGGCCUGCCUGGUCUGCAGGAAAGAGAAGAAGACCAAAGGCCCCUCUCGGCGUCCCUCUCUGGUUUCUAGUGACUCCAACAACCUGAAACUCAACAACGUGCGCCUGCCGCGGGAGAACAUGUCCCUCCCGUCCAACCUUCAGCUCAACGAUCUCACUCCUGACGCCAGAGGGAAGCCAACAGAGCGGCCGGUGGCUCGGGACAGCAGCCGCCCAGAGCUCCUGGAACCAGAGCCCGGUGGCCUGCUCACCAGCCGAGGUUUCAUCCGCCUGCCCAUGCUGGGCUACAUCUACCGAGUGUCCAGUGUGAGCAGCGAUGAGAUCUGGCUCUGAGCCCAUGGCGAGACGGGGUGUCCUGUUGGCUCCUGGGAGCCUCUGGGCACCCUCCCGCACCUCUAAGGAAGCCCUCCUGCUACCGCACGUCCUCUGCCUGCUGUGUCACCAUCAGGAAGAGACAGUGCCACUGCCACUUCUGCUGCUUCCUGGUGGGUGCCCUGCGUCGUGCACAGGAUGCAUCUCCCUGGACCUGGUUCUGGCCUGCAGGGGCACAGGACCCUUGGUGGGGCUGCCAGCUGGACCCGAGUGCCUGUGCUAACUCAGGUGGGGGCCCAGGCCCAUGGGCCCUUUGGCCAGGUGUGCUCUGAUGUCUCCCAGAACCAAUGUGGCAUGGCCUACAGUGCGCCCCUCAACCUUUUGCACAGGGAGGGCCCUGCCCAACUCAGACCUCCUUCCUACGCCAUGCAGCUUUGCUCCCUCAGGGAAUAGCUCUGACCCUGCUAGCUAUAUAGAGCUGCCCUCUGCACAGGAACCCACCUGGCCCUGGGCUGUGGCCAAGCAUGAGCCAGGCCCUUCUGCUGUGGACCUCUGCCCUGCUCUGCCUCUCGCCCCAGCCUCCUCCUGGGUGUCAAAGGUUUCCCCCACCUGCACUUCACCGGGCAACUCCAGUAGGGCUAGCACCUACUGUUAGCACAACUUGGAGAAGUGGGAGGUGGUGAGUCUGGUGGCACCACGACAGCAUGAAGCUAUGCAUUAUUUCCUUACAGUGUUAGCACUUUAAGCACAUCCCCUGGGGAAGGGGGAGUGAGGGUCCAGUGCCCUCUUGGCUUCCCCAAGUCUGGCCUUCCUGUGAUUCACCGUGAGUGACCUGAGCCCUCGGGAUUGAUGGCUCCCUCUCAGCAUGCCUCACCCACCGUGGGCACUGCGGCCCAGCUGCCCGGCUGCAAGAAGCCCUCCUCCCGCCCCACCCUCGUUUCCCAGAGGAUGGUCACACCAGGCACGUCACUCCACAGUGCCAGGUGCUUUCGGGAUGCACAGAGAGAGGGACCCCACACACCCCGAGCGACCUAAGAGCACUUUAAAAAGCAACAUGGAAAUGACAGCGAAGUGGCAGUGCAGUGUAUGUUUCCCUUGUUGCUAUCUUGUUCGUAAUUUUUCUCAUACUGCCUUGGAAGUGCUGAGCACACAGGAGACUCCAUAAACUUGACUGGAUAAAAUUCCCCAUGUCUGCUUCCUUUCUUCAAAUGAAGUGUUUGUUUGUUUUAGGUUUUUGCCUUAGGGAGUAUGUGCUUGGCAGAGAGAGAGAAACAGAGAUAGAAGGAAAG